AUGGCUACGUCAGGGGAGGACUGGAAGACCCGGCUGAAUCUGCCACCCAAAGAUGCCCGCGUUCGAACAGAGGACGUGACGGCAACAAAGGGUAACGAAUUUGAGGACUACUUUCUGAAGCGGGAGCUGCUCAUGGGCAUUUUCGAAAAGGGCUUUGAAAAGCCUUCGCCUAUUCAAGAAGAGUCUAUCCCUAUUGCGCUGGCUGGGCGUGAUAUUUUGGCACGCGCUAAAAAUGGGACCGGCAAAACAGCAGCGUUCUGCAUUCCCGUGCUGGAGAGGGUGGACCCUACUCGGUCCGUCAUUCAAGCUCUGCUCCUCGUGCCUACGCGUGAGCUUGCACUUCAAACAGCACAAGUGUGCAAGGAGCUUGCAAAGUAUCUAAAUGUCGAGGUUAUGGUCACCACGGGAGGGACUAGCCUUAAGGACGAUAUCAUGCGCCUCUAUCAGACUACGCAUAUCGUCGUCGCCACUCCGGGCCGAGUGGUGGAUUUGGCUGGGAAGGGUGUCGCUCGUCUGAACGAGUGCAAGAUGCUUGUGAUGGAUGAGGCGGACAAGCUGUUGUCGCCCGAGUUCCAGCCAGUUGUCGAGCAGCUGAUUGGUUUCCUGCCCGAAGACAGGCAAAUCAUGCUAUACUCGGCGACGUUCCCUGUCACUGUGAAGGCGUUCAAGGAGAAAUUCCUCAGGAAGCCGUACAUUAUCAACCUAAUGGAGGAGCUUACGCUAAAGGGUGUGACGCAGUACUACGCUUUUGUGGAGGAGAAGCAGAAGGUGCACUGCUUGAACACCCUAUUCUCUAAGCUGCGCAUCAAUCAGUCGAUCAUCUUCUGCAACUCAGUUAACCGGGUGGAGUUGUUGGCGAAGAAGAUCACCGAGCUCGGGUACAGCUGCUACUACAUCCAUGCUAAAAUGUUGCAGAGCCACCGCAACCGGGUGUUCCACGACUUCCGCAACGGCCACUGCCGUAACCUGGUGUCGUCGGAUCUUUUCACUCGCGGCAUCGAUAUUCAGUCAGUGAACGUAGUAAUCAACUUCGACUUCCCGAAGAACGCGGAAACGUAUCUGCAUCGCGUGGGGCGGUCCGGUCGGUUUGGUCAUCUCGGCUUGGCGGUCAACCUCAUCACGUACGAUGACCGCAUUAACCUGUUCAAGAUUGAGCAGGAGCUGGGAACAGAGAUCAAGCCCAUUCCAGCACAAAUUGAGGAGAAACUCUAUUGCAUUUGAGAUGUGCAGCUGUGCCUGCGGCGUGCAGCCGUUCGGCAGCGUAUGCUAGCUUUGUUCUGGCGUUCAUGAAUGCGUGGUAAUGCACAGUUGCUGCUCCGUAGCUCCUUACGUGAACGGACACGUUCGGGAACAUCUACUGGAGAGAGCAUCAUAAGCCCAAUUAAAAGCAUGGGCGGAUUAUUGCAAAAGCUGCCACAUACCCGACGCCUUAGGUUCACUUAGAGCGGCACUUCUUGCAACAUCGCCGGUGAUUUUCCGAAC